AUGUCGGCGCUCAUCGCGAGCGACGCCUCGAGCGACUUGGCUAACGCAAAUUCCCAUGAGCAAAAGUGUUCGCCCGUUGCCCCUUGCCAAAGUUGCCGCCAUGGCGCUGCGGCCGAGGGGACGAGGUCAUCCACCCACGGCAGUAAUCUCCUCGAGGACCUCUUGCAGGUAUUACGAUCGUUGCAGGAGCAAGAUGCAUAUGUCCUGCUAAAAAUGAUCCGGGGGAACGCCCCGUUUGGCCAGAUCCGCAACUAUAUCAGCCAUGCACUGAGCAACACGCGUGCCGAGUCGGACGACGAAGCCUCACUGCGCAAGCUGCAGGCGGUUCAGUAUAGCAUGGAGGCGUACAGUCGAGUGCCACCGUUCCGGCCAAGGGUCAUGGACUUCCGGCUACUCAGUCGUCAUGCUCCUUACCGAAUGCCGGCCCGUCCCUGGACGAGCGUGACGAACGACGACGACCUAGUCUCUCACUUGGUGUCGCUGUACUUCACCUGGGAUUAUCCGUUCUAUGCUUUUGUGGACCGCAACGUGCUGGUCAAGCAUCUUACCCUGGGCAACGUCUCUUCCGAUUUCUGCAGCCAAUUCCUCGUCAAUGCGCUGCUGGCGAAUGCAUGCCACUACUCGCAAUACUAUUCCGAAGCCUAUACCGUGCCCGGCGAUAUUAGGACGAUGGGGACGCAAUUCCUGGCCGAGGCCGAACAACACAUGCAAAUGCACCAGUUUGAGUCGGGGACCGAUGUCCGGCUCGCAUCGGUGCAAGCCACCCUCCUCUUAUAUGAAAGGUAUUCGAUGUCGGGCGAGGACGACCACGGUUACUCCAUGCUUCAUCGCGCCACGGAAAUGGCCGAGGCGCUGGGGAUCAUCAACAGUCCCCAGCUUAACCUUGAUCAGUCGCGCAUGUCGGAGGACAUGAUCGCAUCGGUCAAGCGAACCGCCUGGGGUCUUUUCCAGAUUGACACGGUGGUUCACGCGAACUUUCUGCGGCCCAGUCGGGUGUUCAAGGUGAGUGUCAGUCCGAUCAACCGCGAAGAGACCGACGAGACGGACGUCUGGACCCCCUAUCCGAUCAGUCAAUCCCCUCGGCCGUCGUGGAUGAGCCAGUACUUCGACGAAGCCUGCCGGCUCUCGGUCAUUGCCCGGGAUAUGUCGCGCGGCACCCAUUCACACUCCGAACCGGAUCUCGAUCUCCGGCCGCAAAAGCAGGCGCUCUACGCCAGGCUUCGCCGAUGGGAAGAGGAAUUACCCGCGGCUUUUGCGCCUGCCCAGAGACCGGCGUCCCAUAUUAUUCUCCUGCGCAUGCGGUAUCACGCUCUCUUGAUCCAUCUGCUGCUCAACGAGUUUGGCGGACAACUGCCUUUUCACGCUCCCACUUCGUCGGAGCGCUGGGGGCAAUACGAGACGACCGUCAGUGGCGAGGCAUGGGACAUGGCACUCUCGUCGGCUCGCGAGAUCGCCGGCCUCGUUCGACUGCAUCGCGACGAAUAUGGCAUCGUUCGGGCCCACCAGUACACCAUGUACACGAUCAUGUUGGCGCUUUUCACGCUGCUGGAGCAGCCGUCGUUCGAGCUGUUGGACCACGACUUUCUUUCCCUGACGAGCUCGCUGUCCGUCGUCAGCAGUUGCUCGCGCGUCGGGAACAAUCUUUGGCGCAUCUUUCGUCAGUCCGUGCGUGCCCGGGUGCACGAUCUGCAAAGCCUCGAGGCGAGUUCGCCGCAAAGCUCCUCGCUGCGCCCGACGGAUCGGUGGAAUCGGUACGCGGAGGCACUGCGAAAACUGGCGGAAAACGACGGCUCCAAAGAGAGCCCGUCGAGGUACGUGGCGACCAGCAUUGGGGAUAUGCUGGGGAUGUUCGAGACUCUCAGCGUGGGCAAUCAAGAGGACCUGCAGGCUCGAGAGCAGUCCAGCGCCUUUCGGUUCUCGCCGUCCUGACAAAAC